AUGCCUGCCAAAGCCGUCCUCAAGAAAGUAGCUAAGAAGAGGCCAUUAACUAAGAAGGCGAAGAAAGGAGGCAAGAAACGCCGCAGGACUAGGAAGGAGAGCUAUGCUACCUACGUGCACAGGGUGUUGAAGCAGGUGCACCCAGACAUCGGUAUCUCUUCAAAGGCCAUGAAGGUCAUGAACAGCUUCGUCUGUGAUAUGUUCCAGCGCAUCGGUUGUGAAUCCUCUCGCUUGACCCACUACAAUAAGCACGCAACCAUCAGUUCCAGGGAGAUCCAGAGCGCUGUGCGCCUUCUGUUACCCGGAGAGUUGGCUAAACACGCCGUGUCUGAGGGUACCAAGGCUGUCACCAAGUACACCAGUUCCAGAUAA